UCGAGGCUCGAAGUCAGAACGGAGCGUCGGCCAAGCGAUUCUUAGCUGGCAUCAGUUCGCAUUCGGAGGCCAAGCGAGCUUCGUCUCUACCGUCGAAAUUACAUACGAGAACGGUUGUUUUUUUUGUUUGUUGUUUUUUUUUUUAAUUGCCCUCCCCGGAGAAAUACGGGUGUCGUGAUACAAAGUGCCAAGUACACUCUCUCGCUCUCUCCGUAUCGGUGGAUUUUUUAUUUUAAUUAUUGAACGUGACGAUCGGCCGAGAAUAAACCAAAGAGAGGUGACCGUUCGCAAAUCGGUCUUUAAUUAAUUAAUUAAUUAUCGAAACUCGUGACUCGCAGUGGUGCCUUCUAAAUGUUCAGAUCCGAAAAUUCAUAGGCAAGUGAGGAAAGUUCCUUGGUGUUAUUACAAGCGUUGUAGUACAUACAUAAGAACGUUCUCCAAAGGGCGUUCGUUAGGUGACGAGAAGAGGAGCAAGACUUCAGUGUGAUCCUUUUUUUUUUGAGUUUUUGUGCGCGAGAUAUAAACACGAAAGGGAAGAUGUCGACCGCAGUCAUGAGCACGCCCAUGUUCGAAUGUAGCGAGCAUCUUUUUAAGAAUGCAGCUUCCGCGAAGUCGAAAGACUCUGCCACUAGUCCGACGGGGGGCAGUCCAGGCACAGUGUCGACCGGGAAUAGCCCGGGACACGCGCCCCUCCGCCGUUACACCUCGCUGGUGACUACCCUGAUCGAGCAGCAUCGUAAACUAGAUCGAAGCGCCAGCGAGCCGACCUCGCGCUACAAAACCGAACUUUGCAGACCGUUCGAGGAGAGCGGCACGUGCAAAUACGGCGACAAAUGCCAGUUCGCUCACGGUUACAGCGAGCUGCGCAAUCUGGCCCGCCACCCGAAGUACAAAACCGAAUUGUGCCGCACGUUUCACACGAUCGGCUUCUGCCCGUACGGCCCCCGCUGCCACUUCAUACACAAUUUCGAGGAAGCAAGGAUUCAUAAUCAGAAAGUGAGCGCCCAGCUAGGCUCCACUCAACCGAACAUCAUGGGCUUGAACCCGUUAUUGAGCGCAGCGGCGGUCGCGGCCGCUGCGGCGGCGGGGAACGGGACCAACACCGUCAGCCCGACUCUGUUAGAGCAGAUCGCCGCCUCGCCGCAAGUCGUAGCUGCCACGUCUCCGAAUUUGAUGAGAACCAACUCGCUCAGCCUCUGCAACAGUAACGCUUACAACCCGCCGCCGCUGCUCAGGACGAACUCGUUGAGUCUGACGAGCCAGCAUCACCACCACCAUCAUCACCAUCACCACCAUCACCAGACGACGGGAUCGACGACGGUCAGUUCGGUGAUAGGCGCUACCAGGCCUAAACCGUUGAAUCUCAGCCCGACAUUCUCGCUGGGCAGCACCGGCGAUUCGAUCUCUCCGUCGUCGAGCCUCAGUCAGUCCCCCACCAACUCCAUGGCGAGUUUCUUCAGCGAUGACUGCCAGCAGGGGCUACCCGCGUUCAGCUUCGGACAGGACUUCGGCAUCCUACCGACCAGACAGAGCCCCAGCCCGAGGACCAACAGCGUUUGCAGCCCUCUUAGUUCCGACGAGCCCAGGACACCCUCACCGAUGUCGCCUAACGCUGAGUCGAGGUUGCCCGUAUUCAAUAGGAUCAGCAGCACCCUCACCGAUUUCGAAAACUUGAACAUUUAAACGGGUUUCGAAGAAACAUAUAGCUUCCAUAGACUCUCCGUUCCUUUGGGAGUGCCGUGUGUAGCAAAGGUAUUUGAACGGAUUUGGAUAUCUACGGAUCUUGGACCCUUAAGGUUCCCUCGAGGGACAUUUGAAAAUCUAGAAUAACUUGCGUAUUGAGGAACUUGGAAAUUACAGAGGAGAAUUCAACGUCUCCGUUUCAAAGAUUCGAUUACUGAUCUCUUGAUUCUUCGAUGAAUCUCGAAUCUUUCAAAAGUUCAGGACAAACUUCGUCGAUCAACAUGGAAGAUUUUUUUACAUAAAAUUUCUUCAAGAUUUCAAUUGUGGAUUAAAGAAUAGAAAUUCUUAACCACACAAAUUAAAGAUCCUAAUCCCGAUUUUAAGCCGUUAAUAGAGGAGACAGGAGAAUCUAUCGAAAGAUCCCUGGCAAUCCGAACGGAAAUUCUUCAGUUUUAACCAUUUCGCCGGUUAAAUAGCGUUGAAGAUUUUUCUGAACAAUUACGGGAUCGGAGAGGUCCCAGGACGAUCGUUUCUUAUUCGCUUAACUGCAAGGAGCUUUGCAAGAUCUGUUGACUGGUUCUUGGAAGUAAUAGAGAGCCUGCGGAAGCCAGGAUAAUUUAUAAUAACCGAAAAGACAGAAGGAGGAAAAGGGAGAGGGGUUUGUGCGGACUCUUCCACCGACUCGAAGAGAGGUUUUCAUAUAUAAUAAUAAUUCUUAUUAUUUUUUAAACAUUGAGCAUUUGCAUUUUCUCGCGUCUAUUCUGCUUAUUAUUUAAAGCGUUUAUAUCUUUAAUAUUAUUAUUACCUUGUUCAUGCGACAUACACGUCAUAUCACCUCGUCUCCUCCUUUUUUUAUCCUCAAUUAUCGUCAUUGAUUAUUAUUAUUAUUAUUAAUAUUAUUGCUAUCAUAUUGCUAUUAUUAAUAUUAUCGAUAAACUGACGUCAUUAACUGUUUCAACUAGCCUCGGUUAUUUUUUUUUAUAAUAAUUCCGGGGUUUACCUUGAAAUUAUGUUUGACGAUAUUUUCUUGAUUCGCCAGUCAAUGAUGAAUUUCAUGUUGUUUUAUUACCAAUAAGAGGGACGUGAAAUUAUGACUGACGCAAUUGAGCCUUAAACAAUUUAUAAUUUAACAAAUUUUUAUAUUCCCUUAAUUAUUCAUAAGUGUGAAAAUAAUAAAUGAAAUUCACGGACUAAUUAAGCCUCAAAGCAUUUAACACCCUCGGAAAUGACUAAAUGCAAUAUAAAGAUAAUGAGUGCACAUCGUGAUUCUAUAAUUGUGAUCUUAUUUAUUUCUCUCAAAACUGAAUAUUAUGUACAGAAACGUACGACUCGCUGGCCAUCAGUUAACAAUGGAAAGAGUGUUGGAGAAUUAUUUUCGCGAUUUCAAGGUAAAACCAGGGAAAGACCGUCUUCUUUUUUCUUUUAUUUAGUUUUAACGCUCUUUCGAAUAGAGAAUUUCGUAUCCCGGAAUAGUUCCUACUAAGCUUGCGAGAAUUCCUUGAGACAGCCUUGGAUCGUCCAAGGCUAAAAAAGACGGAAGGAUAACGCGCGGACAAGAGGCGAACGGAAUUCGAACGAGAAAUAAAGAUAACGAAUUGAUACAGAAAGAGGUCCAAGCUGUUUCUUAUUUUUCUACGGAUUUAUCUUUGAUCUCUUUUGGAUCUCGAUCUUAAUUAAGCAAACCUCGAUCUCGAUCUUAAUCUCGUUUCGAUCGCCCGUUUUGCAAUUAAAAUACGUUCACAAAUUCCAACUACAGCUUCUGUCGUCUGAAAUUCACAUCUUCCAGUUAUUUUAACACGGGGCUAAAAGUACCGUGUUCAAAUAAUUGAAGUUGUCAAAACAGCAAUUUUUGUUAACUGAUAAAAGUUUUAAUUACAAAUUUAAUUUGUAAUUUAUAUAAGUAUGCAAAAAUCAUCUUCUCUUUAAUUGAUACUCAUUUUAAUUUCAAAUGUGGUGCGAUGAAUUUUUGAACGUCAUCCGUUUAUCCAAGGAUCUUUGCGAAAGCGAUUGAAGGAACGAUUCCGGGGCAGGUGAAACGUUGCAAUAAUUUCGAAAACGGAACCAUACUAUUUUCUACUUUUCUACUCUUUUGGGACAUCGCGUGUUUCUACUUUACGAGAAAAGUAUCGUUAAGGAAAACGAAUACAUAAUAUAAAGUAGGCCUGUUCAAUAUCUAAAAAUUUCAGUGUGCAGGAAAUGAAAUUAGAGACUUGUAAUCAUUAAAGAGAGCCACUAUAUAAGUAUAUAGGUGAUCGACGGAACGUCUCAUUUAAAUAUCUGUACUGAUUAAUCAUCUAAACUUUUAAAAUAAGAAACAAUUUUUACAAAUUGGUACAAAUUUUAAUAUAGAUUAGGCUAUUAGCUCCAUCCUUGAUGAUGUCUUUAAAGAAGAAGUAAAUAAAAAGUGAGAUCUAUCUUUUUGAGACGCGCGAAACGAAAUUUGAGAGAAGGAAAAAAUCAAAGCAAAUGAAUUAAAGAUAAGCGUUUGUAACUACGAUUUUUGUCUUCCAACUUGUUAGAGCAAGUAAGAGUGUAAGUAAUUGCGUGUGAAAGGGAUAAUGAGAGAAAGUUCGUUUUAUGGUGUCUGCGCGAUCAUUACGGUCUGCCGUCGUGUAAAAAAAAUAUGAACGCAUACGCGUGUUUAUACGUGUACGUGCUUCAGUUUUACGGAUAAGUUACACGAAGUGUACAGUUUUACAAACGCCGGGGAGUCGGUCCAGUUGCGGGCUUUCAGAUUCGUUUUUCAAGAUUCAUUUUUCUUCUUGCCGAACGAGACAUACCCUCUGGAGCAAAAAUUGAAUGGAAUUCCUUUUUUUUUUUUCAAACUGGUUUCAAGUUUAAUUUAUUCUCCUCUCGGAGAUAAGGAACGCUUAUUUUUCUCCGGAUCGACGCAACAUUGUUUUUAUUUUCUUUUGCACGGUCUUUAUUUAUAAUUUUUCUUUUUCCAUCCUAAUUGAAAUUUAUGAGAAGUAAAAAGUGUUAUGAUCAAAAUUGGAACAGCGUACAAAUUUAAUAAAACGGCAGAGAGGAUUAUUGGCAAGAAGAAAGAUUUCGUAACUCUUUGAAAAAGAAGAUAUCAUUUAGAGUUUGUGCAGUAAAAUUCGAAUGAUAGACUUUUGAUCAUCGAACUUGGAAGCUUUUUAACAAUGAAUUUGAAAAUGGACGUAAUGUGAUUUUUACGUUGAGGGAUUUAUUUAAUAAGGGACAAUUAAACGACUUCCUCGUGUUCCCCGGAAAGAACCCUGGCAAACGAAUAAUGAAACUGGAAUGUCUGAAACAAGAAAAAUUGAAAAAAAAAAAUAAAA